AUGUUUGGGGCCAUGGAACUCUUUUCCAGUCUCAGAGAAGACGCACAAGCUGCGAAACUCAAGGCAAUCAUUGACAAGACUUCGACUGCUCGGCUCUACGUCCAAGUCGAAGAAAAGACCGCAGUGGCGUAUUCGUCUCUAAAUGCCGAGAUUGAGAGCAUUGCGGAAGCAUACGUUGACAGGGAGGCCAAACCGCAAAAGUUCCAGAAAGCACUCGAUCGAUUCACGAAGUCGGCCGGCAAUUUGCUACCGAACGUAGAUGAGGUCUACGCCCAGCUCUUCGUGGGUGAUGCGCAGGGAGGGUCAUGGGUUGGGGAUGACCCAUCUCUGGAGCAAAUGAAGAGUAUGCAUGAUGAUGAGAUCAAAGUCCGUAAUAGCUAG